UCUUCAUUUGCGCGUUCCAAGCGUUGGAGCGAGCCCCGGGCACGCGGGAGCUGGAAGGCUUCAAGCCCUAGCCUAGGGCGCGAGGGGGGAGCGAGCGGCCUCGCGCGCUCUCGGCUACCACAGGUACGUGCGUGGCAAGCGAUCGCAAGCCCUACGUCGAUCGAAUCCGGCGUCGCCCGCCGAGCAGCAGCAUUGAUCGCCGCCGCCGCGAUCGCCUGUCCUGGCCUGGAAGAGGUUUGGAUGUAGGUAGGAUCAUCAAGAGGGGGCACAGGGAUAGCGGGCAUGUACAUUGCGAAUUUGGACCUUUUCGUAUGCCUUCCGUGAGACUGGAUUUCUGGAAAGAUGGAGGGGAAACUGCGGCGCUUCCCACUCUCGCUCUCGCUCCAGGACCUCCGGACGAUCUCGGCACCAGCGGAUCUCGAGGCCGCGUCUUCGCUAGACUGUUUCCAAGAGGAUCCCCGUGGAACAGCGUCCAAGAGCUUGGGUUUCAGCCUUCCAGUGUACCAUAGACCGGUCAGAUGGCGAGUUGCUGCUGGGCUUUUGGUGCUCUCGCUGGUGCUGCUGCUCUUGUUCCUGGGAUUUCUCUGGGGGAGGAGUCUGUGGAGCCAGGAGGAGCCGAUCAAGUUCGCGAUUGUGAUGGACUGUGGCAGCACCAGCACGAGAGUUUACGUCUAUGGAUGGGUUCACAACGGAGGAUCUAUCCCGGUUAUGUAUCGGCCACCUUCUCACAGCAGCGCCAAUGCGAGAGUGAAGAAGGCUUACCACCGGAUGGAAACGGAGCCUGGCUUCCACCAGCUGCUGCACAACGAGAGUGGCCUUGGCGCUGCUGUCCAGCCGCUGCUCGACUGGGCCAAGCAGCAGAUCCCGGCUCGCUUGCACGGGGAGACGCCGCUGCUUCUCCUGGGAACGGCGGGCUUGCGGAAGCUGGCGACUGUAGACUCGGAGUGGCUGCUGGACAAGGCGUGGGGAAUCAUCGAGAAGUCGCCGUUCAAGUGUAGGCGGAGCUGGCUGAGGAUCAUCAACGGGGUGGAGGAGGCCUACUAUGGAUGGGUGGCGUUGAACUAUAUCCUCGAGAGGCUGGGACAGGACGAGACGAAGAUGACGCUGGGGACUGUUGGUUCUCUGGAUCUGGGAGGCUCGUCCCUGGAGGUUACUUUCGAGCCGGGCGAGCCGAUACGGCCAGACUACGGUGUGAAUCUCAGCUUUGGUCAGGAGGAGCAUCGGGUGUAUGCGUACUCCCACUCUGGUUUCGGCCUCAACGAUGCGUUCGACAAGUCCGUGGCGCUCCUCAUGCACAACUCGAACGUGAGAAACGGGACUUUGGAAGUGAGGCAUCCGUGUUUGCACUCCGAGUACCAGCAGUCUUACUCCUGCUCGUCGUACUGCGUGGCUCCUCCGUCCACUAACCGGGGAGCAGGCGAAGGUGGCGUUCCUAUAGUUUUAGUUGGAGAGCCUCACUGGGGAAAAUGCCAGGCGCUCGCUCGUUCCGUCAUCAACUCGUCGAGAUUUACAACGCGGUCAGUAGAUUGCGAGCAGAGUAACUGCGCGCUGGGGAAGUAUCAGCCACGGCCGAUCGGACAGUUUUACGCAGUGGCUGGGUUUUUUGUCAUGUACAAGUUUUUCGGCCUGUCCUCCAAGGCGUCGCUGGACGAUCUCUUGAGCAAAGGACAGGAGUUUUGUGGGAAGCCGUGGCCGGUUGCCAGGGACAGCGUCGAUCCACAGGGAUUUAUCGACCGCUACUGCUUCCGAGCACCGUACGUGGUGGCGCUGCUUAGAGAGGGCCUUCACUUGAGGGACGAGCAAGUAACAGUCGGGCCAGGGGACGUGACUUGGACACAAGGCGCUGCCCUGCUCGAGGCCGGAGUGCUGGAGAAGAGCUCACGCUCACACAGGAAGCAGAGGUGGUGGUUUUAUAGCCCGUCCUUCUUGCUGCCAACGCUGCUGCUUUUUUCGGCGGCCGCGGUUCUCGUUGUGCUACUUCACUGGUGUGGAAGGCAGGCGUCGUACUCGAGCAUUCUUCCGUUUGAUUCAAAGCCGGGUGCUGCGAAUGGAGGAGGCUCGCGAGGAGUGUCGCGGUGGCCACUCAACUUCGUGCGGCGUGGAGUGAAGUCGCCGCAAAGUCCCGCUCCGACGCCGUCCAAGAACAUCUUCGAGGAUCUUCAUGCAUCCUCGCCGCUGCUCUUGGAGGGUGAUGCGCUGAGAUUGCCACCGGCGGGUCCUGGACUGGGCCGAGCACAGCAUCUCGCCAGCGCAAUGAUGCAGCUCAAGGUCGGCUCGCGGCUGCAGAGUCGGAGAACUUUGUCCAAGGAAGAUCUUAACAACUUAUAAUGCUCACUCACUGGUAAGCUCAGCCAUUUUCCUGUUCUUCUGGUUCCAAUGCGUUCUUAGUGUUUCUUUACUUGUGUUCCUCGUUGUUUCGUUAGUGUUGUGGUUCGCUUUAGUUUUAUUUCUUUAGUUUUGUUCUUCGUUUAUCCAUUCUUUCAUGGCUCUAUUUAUUUUCUCCCUUGCAGCCACCAUUGAUCGAUAGCUCCACGGAAUUUAUAUAAGAAUUUUUUGCUUGAAUAAAAGCCUGAGAACUUAAAGCA